AUGGGGAAAUUUCUAAGUUCUCACUCAACUUCCAUUGAACAAUUGGAAUCACAACUCAGCCAAAUCUCGGCUACCCUAAAUCAAAGGCAAAAGGGCACACUCCCUGGUGACACGGUUGUGAAACUGAAGAAUGAUGGUGACCAUAAAUGCCAUGCAAUUACUACUAGGAGUGGCAAGACACUUGUGGAAGAAAGGUUGGUGAAAGAUGAUGUGGUUGUUGAUGAUGAGGAAAUAUUUGAUGAACCCAUGGUUAUUGAAGAAGAAAGUCGCUCUACGAAGAAUAGGGCUAGCAUUGAAAAACCUAUUGUUGUUGAAGAAGUGUCCGAAAAUGAUGAAGCUACCCAAGGCACGAAAGUGGUAGAGGAGGUACCUAAAGCUUUGACACCUAUUCCAAAACCUCCUCCUCCAUUUCUUCAAAGGUUGGCAAAGAAAGCGAAGGAUGGGAAAUUCAUCAAGUUCAUCGAAAAGUUGAAACAACUCUCAAUCAAUAUCCCAUUCGUGGAAGCCUUUGAACAAAUGCCGGGCUAUGCUAAAUUUAUGAAAGAUCUUGUGACUAAGAGGAGGCAAACUAGCUUUGCGAUGGGGGAUGUUAUGCAUCAUUGUAGAUCCAUCGUCAUAAAGGCUUUAGUACAAAAGAAAGAGGACCCCAGAGCCUUUACUAUUCCAUGUUUGGGCACUACCCAACCCACAACAAUGCGGUUACUAACGGCAGAUCAAACCGUUAAGAGGCCGGUUGGGAUCCUUUUUGAUUUACUUGUGUGGGUAGACCGUUUUAUAUUUCCAGCCGAUUUUGUCAUAUUGGAUAUUGAGGUUGACUUCGAAGUCCUCAUUAUUUUGGGACGCCCAUUCCUAGCCACUGGGCGCUCUCUUGUUGAUGUCAAAAAAAGUGAUCUCAAUUUUCAGAUGAACAAUGAGGAAAUCACAUUCCAUAUUUGCAAGUCAAUGAAACAACUGACGAAUAUGAGUGUUGUGUCAUUUAUAGACACUAUUGAUGAGGUCGUAGAGACCGUCAUUGCUCAUGAAUCUGUUGGUGAAGUAUUGGCGGCAGUUUUGAUGAACUAUGAUGGGGAAAACUUUGAAGAUUUUAAGGAGACGGCUAAUGCAUCAGUUGGAUUGGGGUCCUACAAAUACAACCCCAAGAAGCUUGAUCUUGAUUUAGAGAACUAA